CAGGUAUGCCGUCAAAUAUUCAGCGACGGGAAGACUAAGCACCACUGUCGCGCCUGUGGAGGUGGGGCUGUGAUGCAUGUUCAACCAAUAAGAAACCUGUACCAGAACGAGGCUGGGGUGAGGAACAAGUGAGAGUGUGUGAUCGCUGUUUUGGAAAAACGUCAACUGUGAAGGCUCAGCCUCAACCCACAUGUGACUUAAAGUAA